AUGACGGAAGCUCCCAAGGAUAUUUCUGGAAAAAUAUUUCAUUUUAAGCCUCCACAUGAAUUGAGUCUGCAUGCCAGACUAGAAAAUAACCCUGAUCGGAUGUAUCAGAUGCACCUUGUAAUCGUCUUGGGGGAAUUCUUGUAUGGAAAAGUUAAUGUUGUCACCAUCACAUCCCACAUCGACAGGAGCCUUGAUAGUCGAGUUUACGUGCCAAUCCGUGCUCCCCACUGGGUUCUUAGCGACGACCGCCCUCAACUACGAUUUGCGGGCGACUAUCCGGGUGCGUUACCUUGUGCAGUGACGGAGUCCAUCGAACUUCCGAAGCCUCAGAGUUAUGUAAGGCUAGACUCUAGGAGAGAAGUCUUAUUUGAGACUUUGUACGAGUUUAACGGACAGAAUGGAUCUCACUACCCUCGCCUAUCAACGCAGUCUAGGAAGCUGCUUCGAUCGCUCAUCACUGAUGCUGAAAGAGGAUUUAUAUCCCAGAGUGACUGGGCGAGCAGGGACAUACAAGAAACACCAUCUCUUGCACUAUCGGCCUACAUGGACAUUUAUCGACGUGUUGAACAGGUCACAAAGGAGAAGGACAUACUUUGUGACUUGCGAAACAAGGAUCACCGCCUUACAGCUGUGGUUAAUGAAUACCUUAAAGGGGAUUGGUUGCACCAAGAGAAAGAACUGAGCAAAAAACUUGUGCAGCAAGAAAAGAUGGUUUAUUGUGCAGUACACAAUCUCAUGGAUAAGAAAGAACAUGGUGGUGAGGGGGGGCAGUCGAUUACAUUCUAG